ACAAACAAUUAAGUUCUUGAAGCGAUCACUGAUAAACAUGAAGAUAUUCAUGCUCUCCAUCCUGCUUCUAAGCAUCGCUACGUUAAUCAAUGGUGGAAUAACAAGCAAAUAUGUACGACAAGCUCAGCCCGCUAAUGAGAUGUCUCUUGAAACAUUCCCGUCUCCCGCCGGCCACAAUGCUCCAGAACAGGUUCAUCUAACGCAAGGAGAUCACAAUGGCCGUGGCAUGAUCAUCUCUUGGGUGACACCGUUAAACCUAGAUGGUUCUGACGUAGUUACUUACUGGAUCGCCAGUAAUGGAAGUGACAUAAAGCGGAGAAAGAAGAAAGCCUCCACGUCUUCUUACAAAUUUUAUGACUAUUCUUCUGGAUUUCUUCAUCACGCCACCAUUAAAAAUCUCGAGUACGAUACUAAAUACAUGUAUGAGGUUGGUACUGAUAAAUCAGUUAGACAAUUCUCCUUCACAACUCCCCCAAAGGUUGGACCUGACGUUCCAUACACAUUCGGGAUUAUUGGUGAUCUUGGACAAACCUAUGCUUCUAACGAAACAUUGUACCAUUACAUGUCGAACCCUAAAGGCCAAACCAUUCUCUUUCCCGGAGACUUGGCUUACCAAGACAACCAUCCAAACCAUGACCAGAGAAAAUGGGAUACUUGGGGAAGAUUCAUGGAGCCUUGCGCUGCUUACCAGCCCAUUAUCUAUGCUGCUGGGAAUCACGAGAUUGAUUUCGUUCCAAACAUAGGCGAGCGUCACGCAUUCAGGCCUUAUAUUCACCGUUACCAUAACGCCUUCAAAACCUCAGGGAGCAUAUCUCCUCUUUGGUACUCAGUCAGACGCGGCCCUGCUCACAUCAUCGUCCUAUCCUCUUACUCUGGCUACGGAAAAUACACACCGCAAUACGUGUGGCUCGAGCAAGAGUUGAAGAACGUGAAUAGAGAGGAGACUCCAUGGUUGAUUGUUAUGGUUCACUCGCCGUGGUACAAUAGUGUCAACUACCAUUACAUGGAAGGUGAGAGCAUGAGGGUAAUGUUUGAGUCGUGGUUUGUUAACAGCAAGGUUGAUUUGGUCUUGGCUGGUCAUGUCCAUGCGUAUGAAAGAUCCGAACGUGUUUCCAAUAUUAAGUAUAAUAUCACCAAUGGCUUGAGCACUCCAGUGAAAGAUCCUAAUGCUCCAAUUUACAUCACAAUCGGAGAUGGAGGAAACAUCGAAGGAAUCGCAAAUAGUUUUACAGAUCCGCAACCGAGUUACUCGGCCUAUAGGGAAUCGAGUUUUGGUCAUGCUCUUCUUGAAAUUAAGAACAAGACACACGCACAAUACACAUGGCAUAGGAACCAAGACAAUGAACCCGUAGCAGCUGAUUCUCUCAUGAUGCAUAACAGAUACUUCUUCCCAAAGGAGGAGAUAGCUUCGGACUAAGGAUUAGAUAGCUUCGGACUGUUUGGUUUGCUGAUUUGAAUAAGGAGUGUUUUUAGAUUGUUUUUUUUUCUUUGAUUUUCUGUUUAGGUUAUUAUGGAUUUUUUCAAUUUAAUUUAGUUUGAUUAAUUGAGAUUGCACUGUUAUUUCGGAUAUUCUUUUCAAAUCUUUAAAUAAUAUUUUAUUAUUUGAGUU